GUCUCUCUCUCUCUCUCUCCCCUAAAUCAGAAUAUGAUGAGGCUUGGAUUCAGGAGAAGUUACCUUGGUUUGAAAGAAUGGAGUGUGGAGAAUAGGCUCAGGCGAUUCUCGACCGAGUCUGCCAGGUUAGCUGACAAGGUGGUGUUGAUCACUGGUGGGGCAAGCGGCGUCGGAAAAGCUACAGCGACAGAAUUCAUCCGUAAUGGUGCUAAAGUCAUCAUUGCUGACAUCCAACAAAAACUCGGGGCGAAAACAGCAAUGGAGCUUGGACCAAAUGCCACCUUUGUUCAUUGCAACGUCACCCAAGAAUCCGACAUCUCUAGCGCUGUUGACUUUGCUGUCUUAAAACAUGGUCACCUUGAUGUCAUGUAUAACAAUGCUGGGAUCUCCGGUACCCUUGUCUCUGGAAUUGCCGAUCUUGACUUGGAAGAAUUUGACCAAGUCAUGAAGGUCAAUGUUCGCAGCGUGAUCGCAGGGAUCAAACACGCGGCCCGUGUCAUGGUCCCACGCCAAACAGGAUGCAUACUCUGCACAGCGAGUGUGGCUGGGAUCUUGGGCAGCACUCUAUACAGUUCCUACGGAGUCUCUAAGUUUGCUGUUGUGGGGAUUGUGAAAUCAGUCGCGGCAGAGCUGUCUAAGUACGGAAUUCGGGUGAAUUGCAUUUCGCCUCCUACUCUACCGACACCGCUGGCACUUUCUGCAUUUCUACAGUUUUACCCAGGGCUUGAUGUAGGACGGCUAACGGAGAUCAUUAACGAAUCUGGCGAGAUAAAGGGGGUGAAAUUCGGAGUGGAUGACAUCGCGAAGGCAGCCCUCUAUCUCGCAUCGGAUGAUGGAAAGUAUGUGAGCGGUCACAAUCUAGUGGUAGAUGGAAGCUUCACCACUUCCAAGAGUUUCCCAUUCCCGGCAUUGGAUGAGGUGAUGAAGUGAAAUGUCACCUUUGGAGAUAUUGAAUUUAAUAAAACAUUGUAAAUACAUUUAAUAAAACCCAUCUAUCUUUGGGUCUAUUUGCUA